AUGAAUGCUGGAAAUGCGGCGAUUCCAACGAUCCACGAUCUCACAGUCAUCUCUAAGAGACUCUGGCAAUCACUUGGCGCCCCCACAAUGCAGCAGACGUCUCAGUCCGCCACAAACGCGUGUGGCGGCCUUGUGCAGUUAAUGGGACAACUGCAGUGGGGUGUUUCCUUUCGCGCCAAUUGCAUCACUGCUACUCGCUACAUCACCAAGUCCAACCUCAAUUUCCUUGGCCUCGAUUGA